GAGCCUUGAAUGCGCGAUAUCGAAGAAGAUGGUGUUUCCCCGCAACAUUUGAGUGUUGGCUGCAGAGACCCGGCAGGCGAGAGUUCAGGACGAGCGAAUCUCACGAGUCGGCUGCCUUCCCGUGACGCGUAGACAAGGAGAUAUAUCGGAGUUUGAUCGAAACUGUAGUUUCUCAGAAGCGGGGAAGCUGGUACGUGGUUACUAACCGGGAAGCAUCUCAGAGGUGCCGUUCUUACGAUGUGAAGGUGAGAUCACGCUGUUGUUGCGAGUUAUAAAAGGGCUGACAUGUCUACUCGUACUACUCCCUCUUGAGAGAGUGCUCUUUCUUCCGGCUUCCAUCUUCUGCCAAAGGAGUCCUAGAAUAAAACUCGCCCAUCAUGUCUCCCCUCCCUGAGGAAUUCGAUAUCAUCGUGUGUGGUGGCGGCAGUUGCGGGUGCGUGGUUGCAGGCCGUCUUGCCAACCUGGACCACAAUCUCAAGGUGCUGCUCAUCGAGGCCGGGGAGAGCAACCUCAACAACCCAUGGGUCUUCCGCCCUGGAAUCUACCCCCGUAACAUGAAGCUUGACUCGAGAACCGCAUCGUUCUACGAGUCCCGCCCUUCCAAGUGGCUCGCUGGCAGAAAGGCUGUCGUGCCCUGCGCACACAUUCUCGGGGGCGGCUCGUCCAUCAACUUCCUCAUGUACACCCGUGCAUCUGCCUCGGACUAUGACGACUUCCAGGCCAAAGGGUGGUCUACCAAGGAGCUCCUUCCGUUGAUGAGGAAGCACGAGACCUAUCAGAGGGCUUGUGGGAACAAGGACAUUCAUGGAUUCGAGGGGCCGAUCAAGGUCUCUUUUGGGAAUUACACUUACCCCAUCAAGGACGACUUUCUUCGUGCUGCAGAGUCUCAGGACAUUCCUGUUGUCGACGACCUCCAGGACCUCAAGACCGGCCACGGAGCCGAGCACUGGCUGAAGUGGAUCAACCGCGAUACUGGACGCCGGUCCGAUAGUGCUCACGCCUAUGUCCACUCGACUCGUGCUGUCCACAGCAACCUCUAUCUCGCAUGCAACACCAAGGUCGACAAGGUCAUCAUUGAGAACGGCGUGGCCGUCGCUGUGCAGACUGUGCCCACGAAACCACUGCAUCCGAACCAGCUCAAGACCCGCACGUUUAGAGCUCGCAAGCAGAUCAUCGUGUCUGGCGGCACGCUGUCGUCUCCCUUGAUCCUGCAGAGGUCCGGUGUUGGCGAUCCUAAGAAGCUCCGCGCGGCUGGCGUCGAGUGCAAGGUCGACCUGCCUGGCGUAGGUCUCAACUUCCAGGACCACUACUUGACUUUUGCCACGUACCGUGCCAAGCCGGAGACGGAGAGCUUUGAUGACUUUGUGCGAGGUGUGCCGGAGGUCCAGAAGAAGGUCUUUGACCAGUGGGCUCUGAACGGCACCGGCCCGCUCGCGACCAACGGCAUCGAUGCCGGCGUCAAGAUCCGCCCGACACAGGCCGAGCUCAAGAAGUUCGAGUCCUGGCCGACUCCGCACUUCACCGAGGGCUGGAAGUCGUACUUCCUCAACAAGCCCGACAAGCCCGUGAUGCACUACAGCGUCAUUGCGGGCUGGUUCGGCGACCACAUGUUGAUGCCACCCGGAAACUUCUUCACCAUGUUCCACUUCCUCGAGUACCCCUUCUCGCGGGGCUCGACGCACAUCAAGUCCGCCGACCCGUACGACACCCCCGACUUUGACACGGGCUUCAUGAACGACGAGCGCGACAUGGCGCCCAUGGUGUGGGGAUACAUCAAGUCGCGCGAGACGGCGCGCCGGAUGGACGCCUACGCGGGCGAGGUGCAGGCCAUGCACCCCUUCUUCGACUACGACUCGCCCGCCCGCGCCAACGACAUGGACCUCGAGACGACCAAGCGCUACGCCCUCGAGGGCAACCUGAGCGCGGGCCUGCAGCACGGCAGCUGGAGCCAGUCCAACCCGAAGCCGAGCAAGACGGCCGAGGCCAACAUCCUCAACAGCAACCGCGCCGACGUCCGCGAGGACCUCGAGUACAGCAAGCGCGACAUCGAGGCCAUCGAGGAGUGGACGAAGCGCCACGUGGAAAGUACCUGGCACAGCUUGGGGACGUGCUCUAUGGCUCCGCGUGAGGGCAACAGCAUCGUCAAGCACGGAGUCUUGGACGAGCGCCUCAACGUGCACGGCGUCAAGAAUCUCAAGGUCGCGGACCUGUCCAUCUGUCCUGACAAUGUCGGCUGCAACACGUACUCAACUGCUCUACUUAUCGGUGAGAAGUGCGCCGUUCUGACGGCCGAGGAUCUGGGCUACUCGGGUGAGGCGCUCGAGAUGAAGGUCCCGACGUACCACGCUCCCGCCGAGGUUGCUUUGAAGUACCGUCUGUAGGGAGAACAGUCUGGAAGGGACCAAGGAAACGUCUUCGUUGUCUCGCUGUGGGGGACUCUGGCGAAAUUGACCACCGAGCUGUAAAUGUGUUCCAUUGUUCGUCGAAAAUGAAAAGCUCGUAGUACGUUGAUACUGAAUGCUCCCCCGUCUCACCCAGCAUUGUGGUGUCG